UUGAACAAUCCAGUCCGUCUUAACGUGUCCACCCCUGCACUUCACAAUGAAAAUCUGGGAAAAGUACCUUGAACGUAAGCGCACACUUUACCACGCCAAGUAUCAAACCCCUCAGCAACUGUUCGACGGUGCGUGCGACAUAGUGAUCAAGUGUUUUGCUGUAUGCGGUGGCGAAAGGAUGAAACCGGGCUACACACGCCGCAAUGCACGGUUGAUCUUCCUGGUGACGGAUCUCAUUCUGUAUCUGUUCGUAAACCUCUACUCGAUCGCGAUCGUUUGGGGAUCGCUCAUGGAUGUUGUGUUUUGCUUUGUUACGCUGGGAAUCGCCAUUCAGGGUCUGGCAAAGAUUGAAGCCUUCACCUGUCCGGAGCUGAACGAUCUGCAUCUGUACAAUGUGGCACGGUUCAAAGCGCCCCCUCGCUUCCGGGAAGUGGACGAGGCACUCUUCCACACCGCCACCAUGUGUAUGGUGUUUAUACGCAUAUUCGCCGUAGCGUUCUCGAUCGUCGCCAUUGCCAUCUACUCGUACGCCAUCCUGAUGCCUUUGAUCGAGCACGAACUAUCGCUCGCCUUUGGGUUCUAUCUGCCGUUUAUUGACUAUCGCACGCCUGUCGGAUUUGCCAUCAACUGGGUGUAUCAGUUUGUGCAGGUGCUGGAAGGAUGUAUUGGGCUGAUGGCGUGCGACUCCUGUCUGCUGGUACUGAUCAUGAAUGCUACCGGACAGAUGGACGUUAUCAUUGUCUAUCUGAAGCAGCUGACGCUACUGAUAGAUAAUAAUCACACUGGACAACAUGAUGAGGAAAUUGCAGAUAUUAUAAAAGAAAUUGUGCUCAAGCAUUUAGAGCACACCAAGUACAUGACGGACAUGGAUAAGCUUCUCAAAAAGCAGUUCUUCAUCAACUUUGGAUGCAUGAUUUUCGAGCUCGUUGCAUCACUAGCGAUCGUUGUUAGGGUUCCUUGGUACCCAGGAAUGGCGAUCUGUCUGAUUUGCACCAAUCAACUCUUUAUCAACUGUGCAUUGGGAACAUUCCUAUCAUCGAAGAAUGAAAAACUGGUGGAGGAGAUCUACAACGUAAACUGGUACGGACUGACGACGAAGCACCAGAAGACACUUCAGCAAAUAUUGCUCACCUCUCAACAUCCUGUGGUACUCUCCGACGGGUUCUCGCCUAUCGAUUUGUUCAACUUUGUGGAGAUAUACAAGAAGAUUUAUUCCUAUUUAAUGGUUUUGCAGAAAGUAUCUUAAAUACUUGUUAUCUGAAAUUAAAGCUUCAAACAUUGUAAUAACUCUAAACCGAUUUGUUGCACACAAACAUACUGCAAGUCGUUCCAGUUGAUCAUUUCACAGAAAUUCAACUUCGGUAGAUGUUACGAUCCUAAUUUAUCAAUCCCACCAAACCUAACUCCAAACGAUAACGAGCCAACGAGGAACGAUCUCUCACACCCACAAAACCGAAACGUCUCAGAAAACAUCCAACAUGCUCCAGCAUUCCCCAUGCUCACGAACAGGAAGCACAUAAAGCACGGUGCAAAAAUCAAACAAUCACAUGAAUCACAUGUAACCGCGCCCGUCCUGUGCACUCCACGGCACGCCGGUGAAACGAAACAAUACAAACAAAAGUUUAAAGCCCCGAAAGCCGGCCAUCACACACAAACCAGAAAUCCAUCGAAAACGCCCCAAGUAGAACUUUUCGCCUCCUCUACCCCUCGGGGAGGAAUAAAAUCAUAAUCUCACUCGAUUCCCGACAAACCACCGCACCGUCGUCAACGCCGCCACCAGCCACGAUCGCAGCAUCGCCCAAAAGGGAACAUGGAACGAUGGAACAAACGAUACGGCACAAUCAACAGUUUCACCACGGCCAUUCUGCUGCCUGAUUAUAUGCUUAAAGUAUUAGUUCAUAAUAAAUUUGACCGAGGCUUGAAAUCGGGUCGAAUAUUGAAUCCGCGGUAAAGCAACGGAACAGCGUACAGAGCACAGGAGAAGAAUAAAGCGUUGACCCGCAGCGUUGGCCCCUGCAAUUAACAUGAAUGAAUGGGAAAUCAUAAUUUCGCGCGAGUUUUGCGCCACGCCACGCGUCACAUUUCGCGCUCAGCCCGGAAACCCGUUCCCGUGACCCGAUAAAACUCGAAAAUAGUUCCCCUAUACUCUCUUUUCUACCUUGUGUCAUUCCUCUGCGUCUGUAUUUCCCUUUUUUUGACGAACAUUUUGCCCACCCCUGGAAAUAGCAUUGGGCCAACGUCAAACGUGAACCGUUUCACGCCGGACGAUAAAUUAGCCAUCUGUUGGAGAGGAGGGGGGGGGGUGGCAACAGCAAACCCGCGGCUCCCAAAAACUCGACCCCGACUAAUAAUUAUCCUAUCGCUAAAUCAAAAGCUGUUAUCGCCGCUGUCCAAACGCGCCCGAUGAGCAGUUCAAAAUUGGAAAAUAAUUUAUGAAUUAGAUCGGUCUCGGGCCCGUGCACGCACACAGCAGCAGCAGCAGCUGCAGCAGCUCGAAAGGGUAGCAGUGCAGGCUGCCCAGUGAUCGUGACACACACCUUUCUCUCGCUUCCGUUUUAUGGCUCAUAAAACGGAUCCGAACGACCGUGUUAUCUGGAUGGUUUCAUAUUAAACCCGGCAAUACCGGCACAGUUCACUGUGUUUGUGUGUUGUGGGUUGAGGUUCGUGACUUUAAACAUUUUCUGCUUUAAAUGCAAUUAUUAAUUUCGGGUUUUAACGAUGCAUUUAAACGUUCAUAGACAUUCCUCGUCGAUAUUUAUUAAUUUUAAUUAAUUUUAGCCCCUGAAAGUAUGCAAUACGCUCAGCAAACUCUUCUUAAUACGACAGUAGAGCUACAAACUGUUACAAAACGCACAGCAAAACUUCUGUUGCCCAUCUGUGACACAUCCCUUCAUCCUAUUUACACAUCAACAGGCUCACACACACUCACACUCUUUCAGGGAUCUUUCAGCAAACGAACCCACCAUACCGGAACCCACACAGCUUUCACACGAGCGCAAUUCUUCUCGGAUAAUAAAUCGGUGUUGCUGCACCGACGGGUGUGAAAGAAUGCACCAUCCGGCACACAAAAACAAGACAUAAAGUCAGCUCGGCUAAAGGAAGAGGUGUUGGGUUCCCUUUCCCUCUACCAAACCAGAGCCGUCUCUGGACACAUCCCGGGCACGACCCAUUGUUGUUAUCGGUGAGAACGACACUCGUGAGAAUAAUGAAGCAAUUUUAUGCAACAAACCAUGGCGACCAUGGCGCAAAGCUUCACAAACCGGCCACUACCGACCAGGCGAAAGAGCUGUUGUGUCCCGCUUUUGUGUGGUCAGAUUGGUGUGACACUGGUGUUGAUGAUGACGUCAAGUGGAAUCAACCCAUCCAGUUGAGCUGCAGCCUGGUGAUGCCGGGUUUGGCCCUUCAGGUUCGGGUGCUUUGUGGUUAUCCUUUUCCAAGGGAAGGGGAAAUGGUUUUGCUCCGGCCAGAUCCCCAGGAAAUCGUUAAGGAAAACCGCGACAUUGGUACUGCAAAUAGGACGAAACAAUUUCGGAGUGCAGCGUGUACAAAUAAAGCCCCCAAAAUAGCUCUCAAGGAUGUUGAGGUUUUCGGGUGGCUGUGGUUUGCUGUUCAAUUGUUGCUGGGAAAUGGUCACAAGAUCAAGUUGAAUUUACCUCAAAUUAAGCGAAUUUAAAGCUGAAAAAGUUUGCUGUAAUUUAAGCUUUCAUAUCUGCAUCCCCCACCCAAAACUUCUUCCCUCUAAUAGCUGCUCUAAUUAAAUCAUCUCAACGCUGACCCAAUUCCCUCACGCACCCCGGAUUUAGUGAUUGGCUUUAUGUCUUUUUAUUUACUACCGACGAACGCAUUGCUUCACCCAUCUGAAAAGCUCCCCAAAAAUGGUCCCCAAAAGAUGGCAACUAUCAAACCGCCUCAAAGAUACAGCAAUGCGUUAACCGAACCGCCGUGUGCACCGAACAGCACACAUUGGCGUGGGCCAAACUUUGUCAUUUACUUUAUUGAUUAUUUAGUGUCCAUAAAACCGGAAGCGCCGGCGACGUUUGGUGCGUCACUUUGAUUACUCUUGCGUCGCCCCUUUGUGCAGGCCAGCCCAUCCGCACCAGCGCACUGUCCAAUGUUAGGGUUAAUCGCAGCUCCAAAGACAACUUACCAGGCUCAACUGGCCAUGGCGAAGCGGGUGGAGCUUGUUGGAAAUCGAUCGCGCUGACAUUGAUGGACAGUUUGGGGCACUCUCUCGCGCGGUCACAUACAUUGUGUUCAUUGCACGCGAAAGUUGGCACACAUUUUACGACCCGCUUUACGAAAAGUUGGCCACCACCACCACCACCACCGAAAAGGUGCUGGCCAUGGUGUGGAAGUGUUAUAUGUAACUUUAAUUUACUUUACGCGACCGCGUGUGCGUUUCAGAUUAGGUGUCGAUGCGCCUGUAAAGAUAGUAAAAAGUUAUCGUGUACGAUCGGGGUGGGGUCGUUUUAUGAUCACCCGGAAAAGUGUUUCCCUUUGGAAAAGGGAUGUCUUGUGGGUUUUUUUGGUGUUGCUUUAAGUUGAAACUUUGGACUACAACUUUGCAUACAUUCAGGGGGUCAUGGAUUUCUGACAGCGGAUAAAGUCAUGAAGGUUCAACGACUCUAAAGGAUUCAGCUGUCAAACCAAACAAUUCUGCCAGCUUUAUGAUCUUGAAUCCUUCCCUGUCGAGGAUAAUUUGUCGUAAAAUUGGAAACACUCAUCCCCCACAGACUAAUCCCCACGCACGCUGUCAACCAGAAGCCACCGUUGACAGAAUGUAAAGAUAAAUAAAACGAUUAAAAGUUACAACUCUGCUCUGGUCGCUCGCUGUAAUUCAAUAUCACAAGCAAUUGAUCAGCAAUUUACGACACCCACUAAACAGCGAAGCGACGGGACUGGAUGGACGGAAAAGUGCCACCGGGAACUGCGACUGUUUACGCUCCCGGUGCAACCCAUUAACUUCUCUACCACAACUUCAUAAUUGAUGGACCAACCCAACCCCACCCCACCGUCCAUCCGUACCAACCACUGCACCAUGCGUAUUGUGUCGUAAAAUGUUGUCCCGGGGAUUCUUUGUGCAAACGCAAUAGCACAGGAAAGUCCGCGACAUCAUACAUCAUGUAACGGAGCGUCUGCAUCUGUCUGUGCGCCAUGUGUGCAUUCUCAUUGUGGUUCUGUAAAGAUGCUGUAAGUCUGUCGCGUCGCCCACUCCCUGAAGCUUUCAAUUUUAAUGGUUUGUUUAGUUCAAUUUCCAACCUUCCAAAACUGAACCGAAAAAAUCGAUAAUCUCGAUCUCGCGCUGUGUGUGCGUCUCCGCGUUCACUCGCUCGCCGUUCGCCUUCUAAUAUCGGGGCAGCAUUAACGACGCCGCCUCUGUAGAUACGGUCGUCCAUUUUCCGCGCGACCAGGACCAGGUUUUGCCAUCGAAAUCGGGGGCCGUCAAACGAAUUGCUUCUGUCUGGCCGUCUGGCCAGUGUACGUGCGUGCGUGCGUGCAUGUGCGUGCUGUCUGUGUCCUUAUGCGUCUCGCCGGUAGUACGCCGGUAGUGACGCUGUGAUGCGAUGAUGCGAGUUCGAACAGACAUGUGUUCGGCGCGGCAACGAUCGAAAUCGUUGUAACAGAGCUGUGUGUGCGGUCUCAUAAAUCGACGAACAUGAGCAGGGAAUUAAAUACGCACACACACACAGACGUCUGUACACCAGCAUCCGCUCUGGGGCGUUUUAGCUCACAUAUUAGUGAAACUUUCACUACUUUAUUGUCAAUUUCUGUGUGCACUGCAGCAGCAGUACCAGCAGCAGCUUUCCUCUUACAUCCUCACAACCAAAGUGCUGAUGUCAUGGGCUGGAUGGGAGGUGGGGUUGGAAAAUCUAGCAUUGCUUCUAAGAACCGGUUCAGGAUAUUAACUAACUGCGUUCCCCGAAAUGGACAUUCCGUAGCAGCACCAGCAUCUAUUCAUUGCGGUAAUGCCACACACACACAAUAAGAUCGUUGGGAACUUGUACAGCUUUCGUACCUCUCGGCGAACGGUUUCGCCUUAAAAUUUCCAAGGGAUUUUCCCAUCAAACACACACUCACACAGACACACUCACAGCUUAUCCAGUAACUAUUACUACAAAAUCCGAGGGAUUGGAAAAAAGGGAGGGUUGCGAAACACUAUCCUUCCGGUUACAUAGCGGGAAAGUGGAUCGGUGCCAAAAAUCCAACAACUUCAACGAGUGAUUGGUGGUGUUGUUUUAUUUUCAUUCCUUUUAAGGGGGUAUGGUUGGAAGGGGAUGGCGUGCGAGAAAACCUCACCAUUUGCCAGUAACUUACCGGAGGGGAUAAGGGAUUGGAUGGAUGGAGAAUCCGCCCUUUUAUCUAGGCCACUACUGCAUUGUCCGGUGCUGCGGAGAUACCGGGAAACUUAUAAUCCUUUUUCCCUUUGGAGCACGCACUAUCAUUGAAACACAACACCCCGAACAAGCAGUGGCUACAAUUAAAUAGCAAACUGUUUUGUGCUGAGGAUCCCGUUCGUCCGUCCGUCCGUCCGUACGUUCGUUCG